AUGCUGACGCUAUUUCUAAUAUCUACCUUGGCACAAGCUGCCGUCGCAGCACCCGGGUUAAUUCAAAAGCGUGGCGCCAGUAACCCGGUGGUCAAAGGCACUCCACAAGUGGUAGGCAUCCUCGCCGAUUCAUCCUUGAAUCGCGACUCUUGCGGCUCAUCUGUAUUCGGAGGUCGCGCUCUUUGGGUAUGCAGAGAUACCCAACAUUAUGAUGCAAAUGGCAUUCCAAACCUCCCAAUAUUUACCAGCUCUGCCUCAUGGACCGAUUUGGUCUCGGGCGGUGCGGGCGGUGGCACGAAUCUGAAUAUGUACGGCAACAAUAAUGACCAGUCCUUCUAUCCGCUUGUCCCUGGCAACUGCAACGAUAACCAAGCCGGAGUUUGCUCGGACGGCACUCGAUAUCCGCUUUGGGCCAAUGCGCCUCCGCUGGUGACAGUCUCUGACUCGAGUAAGACGGUUGGUUAUACGUGGAUCAACAAUAUCCAUAUCUCGGGUCUCACCAAUCUGGUCGCAGACCCUUCAACUACGCUCUAUCGCGUCACUUAUACAUCCGGAGCGGCAGGUUUACCGCAAGUCGAGAUUGUCAACUCUGCUUUCUGGGCGGAGAAUGAGAUCCCCUAUGGGAACUACGGUGGUGUCGUGCAAGGAAGUACGGCCUACCUCUGGGGACAAGAUUCAAACAAGAACGUUGCCCUAGCCCGUGUCCCAGUUGGCAGCAUCGAAGACGCAUCACAAUAUGAGUUUUACGUCAACAGAGUAUGGACCAGCAACAAACCUACUCUAGGCAACACAGCCGCUAAAAUCGAAAAUGUCAGUGCGGGUGGACAAGGCACAUACUACUAUUCCCAGCCCUGGCAGUCGUACGUGUGGAUUGGUCAAGCUGGCAUUUCUGUUUCGGCGGACUUCUAUAUCACGACUGCACCGGCACCCGAGGGUCCUUGGAUCCAACCAAUUCAUUUCUAUUCGGGGGUUAAUGGGAACUUUUCUUUGGGGGCGUACAGUUUACAAGCCAAUCCUGGUCUCUCUCCGGCGGAUCAGAAUGAGAUCUACCUGACUUAUACCAAGACGGACGUGGUCGGAGAUAAUGUCGCGUUGUAUACAACGCCUCUAAUCCUAGUCCAAUGGGAGACUUAG